GACUUGGAUGAGACUGUAUAUCGGCCGAAAAUGCAAGUACUGUAAACCAGGGUAUAAAAACUGGUGGAUUUUAUGCUAUCUACAUGGCCAACGAUACUGACAAAACCGGAUGGUCUGCUAAUCUGUACAACAAGAAUGCCCCCUUCGUAUAUUCCAAUGCAUUCACGGCGCCCGUUCUCCAAAUGCUUUCGCCACAACCGGGAGAGAAGAUCAUCGAUUUCGGUUGCGGUGGUGGAGAGGUGACGCUUGAAUUAGAGAAGAUCGUCAAGGAGAAAGAAGGUGGACGCGUCGUCGGCGUAGAUUUCAGCGAGAGUAUGAUCAUCCAGGCUAGAACGCGAGGACUAGAGCACGCAUAUAUCGCCGAUAUCCAGGAUCUACCUGACCUACCUAUCGGUGUGGACGUCAAGUUCGAUGCUGUAUUCACGAAUGCGGCGCUGCAUUGGUGCAAACGCGACCCGAAGGGCGUCCUGAAGAGUGCCAAGAGAGUACUGAAGCCAGGUGGGAGGAUCGCUGGCGAGAUGGGCGGGUUCAUGAACUGUAUUGGUAUCAGAGGGGCACUGCACAAGGCUCUAAGGACGAGAGGGUAUGAUGCUAGUGCCAUGGACCCGUGGUAUUUCCCAUCAGUGGAAGACUACACAGAGAUACUCAGGGCCGAAUCAUUCGAACCCAUCGAGGUUACUUUGACGCCGCGAGUGACGGCGCUCUCUGCAGGCGUAUUUGGCUGGCUGGCAGUAUUCGUUCGACCCAUGAUAUUGAAGGAUUUUAGUGACGAAGAGGCAACUGAGAUCAUGAAGGAGGUCGAGGAGGCUUGUCGGAUUGACUGCCAGGACAGCCAAGGACGCUGGCAAAUGAUGUAUGUGCGGUUGAGGUUCAAUGCCAUCUGGAAGCAGUGAAAUAAAUUUGUCUUGCAUCCGGCCCUCAUGUCGUUGCCAAAUCUCAGGCCUACAUUUAUCGGCCACGACGUCUCAGCUCCAAUAAAUCACAAUUUCUACA